GCUCACCAAAUAUUAUUUUGUAAUUUUUUUUAUAUUUUUUUCUUUUUCUGUAAUAAUUUUUUUCUAACUGGGUGUGCUAUCCGUUUCUGUUAAUAUUUAGCAGUUACAUUUGGAGACCCUGAUGGGGAGUCUCCUAUGGAUUAGUACCCCGCAUUCUAAUUUUGAGGGUGUGCACCUUCUCUCUUAAUUCUGUAGUCAUCUCUAUCACACGUUUAUAGGGACAGUUUCCCUUUAACUCUACUCUGAAACUUCUCAGUCCAGUUCUGCUCCUGCUCAGGAUUUACUUCUCACCUGUGAGAGCCUCAAGGCAUUUAGGGCCCAGAGCAGCGUGAGAAUAAAGUGGUUUAUAAAGAGGAGGAGAAGAUUAAGUGAGAUUUGGUUUAUUUGCACAAACACAGAAAAUAAUGGAAUCGGAUCAUGUGACUUCAAUGACCGAAACACCAGAACAAACAGGAAAUUCUGCUUUAUAAUCAGAUGAAGUGCAGGGAUGCGUCAUUAUUAUUCCUCUACUUACUGUAUAUAGAACCAAUGUAUUUGUGCUAUCCCUGUGUAUCCCCUGUACUUACUGUACUUACUGUAUAUAGAACCAAUGUAUUAGUGCCGUCCCUGUGUAUACUGUACUUACUGUACAUACUGAAUAUAGAACCAAUGUACUAUAGUAUCCCCUGUACUUACUGUAAUUACUGUAUAUACAUAUCACAUACACACAGCACAUCUCUGCACACACACAUGUACCUGAUCUCCUGCUCUGCACCUGUCCAUACUUUGUGCCCCUCCCUCCCCAGUGUGAGCCAGAGACAGGAUAUGAGAGCUUGUUGUUAGUAACCAGAGCCACUCACAGGGGAGAGAGAAUCAUCCUGAGCCCUGGGACAUCGGGCAGGGUACUAUCACCAGCACAAGGAAUGGCAUAGAGGCCCCACACAAGCCCAACCAGCCAACAUGAGUUACUUUAAGGUUCUGCUGAGUGAUCUCGCCCAGACUUGCCUGGAUUUAGAGCAGAUCAAGUCUGAACACACCAAGGACCAUGAGCAGAUCUCCAGAUCUUUUGAGAGGACACUGUUGUCCAUCCUGAAGCAGGAGCAGACCAUCCUCACCCUGGUGGAAGAGGAGCACAGAAGACUGAAAGAUCAGCUUUCCUCUGUACAGAAGGCGAAUGAACUUGCCUUACAGAAUGGGGUGUUUGAGAUCAAUACGAUGGUACAUGAGAUCUCUACCAUUUCCUCCCAGCUCAAGCAGAUGUUGGCCACCUCCUGCGACAGCGAUCCGGUGGUGAAGGAGAUCCAGAAGAGAGUGGCCACCAUAUUUGCUAGAAAGAAAAGCAUUAAUGUCAGGUUACAAAAGGUGCACUUUACUCCCCACCCCUUGAUGUCCUUAAGCCUCGGAGAGAUAAACUGUGAGGGACAGUCACUUGGCUUCUCCAUUCCUUGUUUCAAGCCCAAGGGGCAAACUCAAUCUGAUCUCAGUGGCUCAGUUCUGCUCCUCAAUGAAACUCCUCCAUGGGAAGAGAGAUCUCAGAGCUCAAAUGACACUGGAUGUGUCAGUGUAAAGAUCAUUUUAGGAGAUGAAAGUGACCAGGAUUCUGUGUCCAGCACCAAAGGUCCAGACAUGGAGGUUGCAGUCCACAAACAAGUAAACACUUCUCCAAGGGAACAGGCUGUCAAGGAAGCUGACAAUGGAGCACAAAGUCCAAGAACAGCCACGAAAAUCUGGAACUCUGAUAUAAAACAAAGUCCUUCUAAACAGAGCCUGUCAACUGGAAUACGAGGAGGGAAAGUUCAAAGAGUUGUCAGUGAGGGACAUAGUAUGACCCCAAAAUCUGAUUCUUGUACCACCAACCAUCUUCAUAAGGAGUCACAAGUACUAAAAGGUUUAACCAUGGUUGUAACAAGUGCUAAUGGAGAAAAGAAUCUUACAAAUUCAAGGAGCACCAAAACAAGGGACACAAUAGAUUCAAAGGUGCCACAGACCCACCAACAACCAAUGAACUCACCAGCAGUUCCCAUAAAGAGUCAUACCCCUCUCAGCAGAACAGCAGUGGUUAGAAACCCUGGCAGCACUGUAUUCAGAGUACCCAAAAUAAUAACUCCUCCCAAAAAUGGCCUUCAGGGUGCUCCACACACCUCCAGAACCUCAAUCAGCCAAACUGACCUCAACUCUUUUACCAAGCAAAAUGGCCACCUGCUGACCCUUGUACCUGAUCAUGAAACAGUGUUCAAGGCAACUGCAACAUACGUGUGUGACAACAGCUCAGAUGAAGGUUUAGAAGAAGGACCCAGAGAAAGGGACCCCAAAACUUGCCGGGAAGAGGCCAUCAGAGUGAGUCGGGUACCAUCAGCUAAAAAGGAUAGUGAUGGUGAACAUGCGGCUAGGUGGAUGUCAGUAGAUGUGUCCAGCUGUACAGAUAGCAAUGAUGAGAUCCACAGCACAAGAUCCUAUCAGAAUACUCAACACAAACCAUAUGGGUCAAUCACAGAACCGCCACUGUCAUCUCCUCCUGAUGACAAUGACCUUCCUAGUGAGUGUCCUCCAAGGCUACCAUCACCAGCAGAAAGUGUGCAAUCAUCAUACACUUUCAUUAUAGAGUCUCCAAGAAGAAGAGAUGCCACUGAUUGUGGCCACAAACCUCGAUCAUUCUUCCGACUGGCAUCUAAAGACACCAGCAAAGGGCGCCCUGUUAUAAGUGCAAGUGAUGCCUCAAGUUCAAACAAUGCUCAUGCUCUGAAACCAAAGCAGCAUAGGAGAGUCCAGUCUGCUGGAAGCCUUCCUGGGUCACUGCAUCAAGGAAUCAACAGGAACAGAAGAACAGUGCAAGGGACUUCAGCCCAGAAGAGUGUCCUAAGAUCAGCCUCCUUGCCGUAUAUAGAAAGACUUUCAAGGCACCGUAACUCUAGGCCCCAUAGACCAUUAUCUGCAUCAGACAGGAGGGACUCCUCCUCUAGUGCCUCAAGCUGUUGGUCCAAUCCAAGAACCUUGGUCAGUUCUGCUCCCCCUGGUUCUAGUCGAGUAUAUGGGAGACUCUCCCAAAACAAGGUAAAGUCAGCUCGAGCCUCUCGUGGGCAACUCACAUACAAGGUUGAUGGGUUCAGUAAAAGUGAGUCUAAUCUUCUAGACUGCCAAAGAGCCAAUGGAGAGAAGCCCAAAGGUCUCGUACGGCAGUUUGGCAAAUUUGGGUCUGGCCGAGCCGAGUUGAAUCUUCCUCAUGGUUUAUAUGCCACCAAAGCAGGUUCUCUUUAUGUGGUGGAUUAUGGGAACAGAAGGCUGCAAAUAAUGAACCCCCGGGGUAAAAUCCUGCAGCAAAUUGCCCUGGAGGCUAAGAAUUACUUUGAUGUUGCUGUGAGCAACAGAGGCCUAGUAGCCUUGACCAACUCAACGGAUCGCACGGUGGAAGUGUACAACAAGCAUGGCCGCCUGCUACAAGUCAUCUCCAAGAACUUUGGUGCCCCAAGGGGCAUCACUACCAACUAUCAGGAUGAGUUCAUUGUAGCAGAUAUGAAGCUGGGAACCAUUUGUACCCUGAUUCUGCACCCCGUGACUGGCUGCCAGAAGGAAAGCACCAUCAUCCCUGGGUUCAACAAGCCCUACCUCGUGGCCUCCAACAGCCAAGGCCUACUGGCCAUCACAGAGAGGGGCUUGGAUGGGGGCUGCUGUGUCAAGGUGCUGAGGGAGGACUGGCAAAUCCUGAAAAUCCUGGGCCUCAAGGAAAAUCCUGGUCCUAAACUCUGUAACCCAUGGGGGGUUUGUAUAGACAGUGAAGGAGGGGUACUGGUAGCAGACUGGGGUAACACUCACUCUAUUGUCUACUAUCCACCCAAACGGCCGGCAAAAGUGUUAGUAUCAGAGGGGCUUAGUAGUCCCAGAGGGUUGGCUUUGUGGCAAGACACUCUGCUUCUGGUAGCCGACAGCAUGCACAAUUGCAUUAAAGUCUUUCAGUACCAGGACAUGUGACGCCCAGAACCUUGCCCAGCUGCUCCCACUUCAUUCCGGGAAGGUUGUUUGAUGUAAAUAUACCCUCCUUGUGCUGCUGAGUGUUUAAUAUUAAAUGAUAUUUAUUAUA